UUAAUUGGAUACAAUCAUGGAUGAGUUUACUUUAUAAAAAGUUGUUCUCAAACAUCAGCAAAGAUGGCAUUAUUGCUUUGUUGAAAAGAUUUUUUCCAAUACUGGUUUGGCUUCCACAAUAUAAUUUACAAAAAUUGCGUAGCGAUUUAAUUGCUGGAUUUACAUGUGGUGUUGUUGUUAUUCCACAAGGCAUAGCAUUUGCUAACCUUGCGAAACUUCCUCCACAAAAUGGACUGUAUGCCUCACUAACACCUGGUUUAAUUUAUUGCUUAUUUGGAACAUCAAAAGAUGUGAGCACAGGCACUUCUGUAACUCUAGGCUUAUAUACAUCUCGCAUGGCUAUUGUGUGCUUAUUUGCAACAGUAACUGUUUAUAUAUUUCAUGUCUAUGGUUACAAUAAAUUUUCUAUUGCUGGCUAUACUUCAAAAGGAUUGCCUCAUUACAAGAGUCCAUUUCAACCUGCAGUAAAAGGCAAUGUUACAUAUACAACACAAAAUUUACUUGACGGUUAUGGUGCUUCAACUAUUAUCUUGCCAAUUAUCAUCUUCAUAGAGCAAAUUUCUGUAACAAAAGCAUUUGGGAGGAAAUUUAACUACAAAGUAAAAGCACAAAAUGAGUUAAUUGCUAUAGGAAUGAUGAACAUUGUUGCUUCUUUUCUUGGAGGUUGGACUGUUGGCGGAAGUUUUACACGUUCUGCAGUUAAUUCUAUAAGUGGUGCUCAAACUCCUUUAGCAGGUGUAAUAAGUGGUGUUGUUGUAUUACUUUCUCUUGAGUUUAUGACUCCUGCAUUUUACUAUAUUCCGUCAGCUGCUCUAGGGUCCAUGAUGCUGAUGGCUGUAAUAACCAUGGUUGAAAUGAGUUUAACAAUAAACAUUUGGAAGUUGUACAAGUGGGGUUUGUUACCAUUUGUGGCUGCUUUCUGCAUGAGUUUCUACAAACUAGAAUACGGAGUAAUGGCUGGAACAGGGAUUGCAAUUCUAAUAAUGCUGUCCCGUGAGGCUCGUCCGAAAUAUUUUUGCGAGACGGAUCAGUCGGGGAAAUCCCUCACUCUUCUACUAAUGGAAAACUUAACAUAUCCAGGAGUGGAUGCUGUGAAUAAAACAAUUUGUUCUGAGGUCAAUAGUUGUGCUGGUAUUAAAACGUUGUACUUAGAUAUGUCGACUAUGGUGCGAGUUGAUUUUACAAUACUUAAAAAUUUUGAAUUUAUGAAGGCUGAGUUGUCAAAAAAAGAAGUAAGCCUUGAGUUUAUCAAUUUCUCCCGCGACUCCAUAAAAAAGAAAUUUAUUGAUGCCGGUUUAAUUCAAAUUGAUGGUUCUCUGUCAAAGCAAGAAGAACUGAAAAUAAACGUCGAGACAAGUAAUCUAAGUAGAGAAGAAAUUUCAAAAUUAAAGUAUAUGAAAACCGGUAUAAAUGAAGAUGAUGACGUUGAUAAUGUUGAAAGUGCUGUGGAGAUUAAUGACAUAGAUAAUGAAAUUUUUCCGUCUACCGUUGAAAACAUUCCCCAUCCUGAAUUUUAAUUGUGCAAGUUUCAGUGUCACUUUUGUUUUCUGUAUGUAUAGCAAUUUGAUAGUAUUUAUUGUUAAUUAAAACAAUUAACUAGUUGUUAAUAGUAAUUUAACUGAUAAUAACGGUUCUUUGUAGUGAUUCUUUUAUUCACUUUUUUAAUACUAUUUUAAAAAACAGAUUUUUUUUUUAUCUGAAAAAUAUCUUGUUAAAGUUUUACUUGAUUGUAGUUUUCAUUUAUUAUAAGUAAUUUUUAUAUUUUUUUUAUAU